AUGACGCAGUCGGUGACGCCCCCGCUCGGCUUCGCGCCGUUCUGCAUUUUAGCCGUGCUCCUGUUACAAAAUGCCGACUUGGCGCUGUCGAGGCGUCCGGAGCCCUACUACGGACGUCUAAUCGGACGCCUGACCCAGUACGCUCAUGGAAUCCGCGGCACGGUUUACGCUGUGGAUGAGAACACAAUAUUCGUCCGCGAAUUCGCGUACGAUGGCACGGGACCAGACGCGUACUUCUGGGUGGGAGACACGCCCCAGCCGUCGCCGGAAGGUACCCUCGUACCUUAUCCUGAGGACUAUUCGAGCCGGGACCCGCCAAUCCUCUCAAGGCAUAACAACUCGGACAUCCUGCUGCGACUCCCUGCCGGCAAGAGACUGCGAGACAUCAAGUGGAUCAGUGUAUGGUGCCGCAGAUUCACUGUGAACUUCGGUGACGUAUUCAUCAAUCCAGGUCUCGAGCCUCCAAGACCGCGAGUGUUGCCAGAAUUUAAACGCCUGGCGCACGGGCUUCGUUCCGGCAACAUCAGCGUACUCGACGCCAAGACAUUCUAUAUUCCAAACCUUCAUUACGAUGGUGCUGGACCCGAUGCUUACUUCUGGGUUGGGAAUGGGAGUGAGCCGAAUCCUUUCGGGACCAAAGUGCCCAACGAAAUGGGCUCCCUGAAUCCACUCCGCGGCUACCAAGGCGAGGACAUCGAAAUCCAGCUGCCGGGUAAAAUGACCGCGUACGACAUUGACUGGCUAGCGGUCUGGUGCGUGGAGUACAGGCACAACUUCGGACACGUCUACUUGCCCAAGGAUCUAGAUGUGCCGCCCGCUUUGGGACAGACUAAAAUCACCACGAGUUCAACCACAUCCCAGACAUCCUUUAGCACUACAAAUAACUGCAAGGAAAUUCUCGACAAAAGGCUUCAAGUGCGAUGGGAGAUACAGGGUGAUCAAGUUCAAAUAACCCUGGCGGCUCGUCUUCGUAAGGAACAAUACAUGGCCUUUGGUAUAUCGGGUGCUGAAGGCAGGCCGGCCAUGUUGGGGGCCGAUGUCGUCGUUGCUUAUUGGGAUACCAAAGCAAACCAACCGCGCGUAGCUGACUACACAAUUACCCAUUUGGCCCAGUGCGACGGAGAACGGGGCGUGUGCCCUGAUCAGAGGCUGGGUGGAAGCAAUGACGCUGUCUUAGUGUCUGGACAACAAAAGAACGGCAUAACCACAAUAACGUACCGUCGCCCGCUCGCGGCUAAGGAACCGAUGAAGGAUAAAGAGAUCCUGACUUCUCGCUCGCAAUCCGUGAUAGCAGCCUUCGGUCCUCUCAACUCCCGUUACGAAGCGAACGCACACUCCUUCAUGGACACGACAAGAAAUGAUGUACAGUUGGACUUCGGUGCUCAGGAGGAACCGGCGUGCGUGGGGCUGGCGGAGCUGGCGGCGGGCGGGCCGGUGCCAUGGCCGGCGCGUGUGCUUGCCGCGCAGCGCAGCUUCACUGCGCGCAUCGGGCCUACUGGGGGCACGCGCGGCUACACGCCCAUCACAGGUCACCCAUCGUGGGGCAUUGCGUGGUACAUCAACGACCAGCUGAUACCAGAGAUCUAUGUUGAACGUGGCCAGACGUACACUUUCUUAGUCGAGGGCGGGGAUGAUCGCACCAACCCCGCUAAGUUCCACCCCUUCUACAUCAGUGACUCGUCAGAAGGCGGAUUUGGUCAAAAAAGGGAAGAAGAUCAGAGAAAGCAGCGUGUGUUUGCUGGAGUCGCAUAUGAUAACGAGGGUUAUCCUUAUCCAACUGCUGUGGGCCGUUACUGCGAAUGGACUCAUAAAACAAUCGACCAAUCCGCCACAUCAGAAACCUUCGAGGAUUACAUGAAGACUCUCCAGCUCGAGUGCAACGAGGGAGAACCAGCCGUGCUGAACUGGACCGUGGCACACGAAACCCCUGACUUGGUCUACUAUCAGUGCUACACACACAAUAACCUUGGUUGGAAAAUCCACGUCGUGGAUCCUGGCACGCCAGUCCCGAUCCCGGGAGACCAGGGAGCGAGAAUCAACUCGGCCGAUACUUCUCCGCUACUUAGCACCGCACUACUGCUGGUCACUAUGACACUGACAGCUCUCUGCAACUUUGCGGGCAGAUAA